UGAGAGCCUCGUUGGGGAUGACGUUAAACGUGAAAUGGGGAAGAACGGGAGCGCGUGGACUGUUUAGAUUAGGGACCUAACGCGGAGAAGGAACGCCGAGCUAAUCUGGUUACAUAAGAAGCCAUUGUAUUUGCAGAACGUCUCUGCGCUAAUCUGCUGAACUAUUCAUGCUCAACUGUCCCGCGGCGGCAUAACGUACAGGACGGGCGCGCGCGCACACUUGUGGCUCCGAAGGCUCAGAAGCUUCUUCUGCUUUUGGCAGCGUGUGAAACAAGAUAAAUACAUACACUGAUAUACGUUCACGGAUCCCCGCAAAAGCUGCCAUGCCUCAUUUUGCAACUGGCGGCGUGUGCUGCUUGCGCCCGUGACGAUUCCGCUGACGCGCCAAUAGCCGCACCACCCCAGAGAGACAGAGGAGAGCUGCGAGCGACUGACUGGACACCCGUCUCUCUUUCUCUUUCGUUUCCCACCCCUUAACGACCGCGGACGGACGCCUUCUGCUGUGCAAAACCCGUGGACGAAAUUUUAACUAGUAACAUCAUCCAGGCUCUUCUGCAGAGAUGGAGGUACCAGGUUUGGCGCACAACAUCAGCAGUCCAUUAAGUCCCUGCGAGGGGAUGAUCAAGGACCUAAGCUUGGACGCCAUACAGUUAUGCGAACGAGAUGGAAGUAAAUCCCAGGACGGCAGCAUCUCUGAGAUGGAGGAGCUCCCUGUUCCUCAGAACAUCAAGAUUAGCAACAUCACCUGUGACUCUUUCAAGAUCUGCUGGGACAUGGAGGCACGCAGCAAGGAGCGCAUCACACACUAUUUCAUUGACCUGAACAAGAAGGAGAACAAAAACUCAAACAAGUUCAAACACAAGGAUGUUCCUACCAAACUGGUGGCCAAGGCAGUACCCCUGCCCAUGACGGUCCGGGGCCACUGGUUCCUGAGCCCACGCACAGAGUACACAGUGGCUGUCCAGACUGCAUCAAAACAGGCUGAUGGGGACUACGCCGUGUCUGAGUGGAGCGAAAUUAUUGAAUUCUGCACUGCUGAUUACUCCACAGUGCAUCUAAACCAGCUGCUGGAGAAGGCGGAGGUCAUUGCUGGGCGGAUGCUGCCUUUCUCUGUCUUCUACAGAAACCAGAAUAAAGAGUACUUUGAUCAUGCCAGGGAGGUGCAAGAAAACCGGAUGCUGCCCUCUAUUAAAGACAACAGUGGCAGCCAUGGCUCUCCCAUCAGUGGUAAGCUGGAGGGCAUCUUUUUCAGCUGCAACACAGAGUUCAACACUGGCAAGCCCCCGCAGGAUUCUCCGUAUGGUCGCCAUCGCUUUGAGGUGCAGGCUGAUGCGCUCUUCAACCCUGACACCAACCUGUACUUUGGAGACUUCUACUGUAUGUAUACAGCCUACCACUAUGUGAUUCUGGUCCUAGCACCGAAAGGCUCAAGGGGUGAUGAGUUUUGUAAGCAGAGGCUUCCUUUGCUCGACAUCACCAACAACCGUUUCCUUACCUGCAAGCAGGUUGAAGAGGGUGAUGGUGGUUUGGUGUUUCACCACGCCCAAGAUGUCAUCUUGGAGGUGAUCUACACAGAGCCUGUAGACCUAUCCUUGGGCACAGUGGCAGAGAUCAGUGGGCACCAGCUGAUGAGUCUCUCCACAGUAAAUGCCAAGAAGGACCCCAGCUGCAAGACCUGCAACAUCAGCGUGGGACGCUAGGGGAAACAGCAGAAUGUUUAAAAGGAAAAAGAGGGUAGGAGGGGGGGAAGUAACUGACCUCUACUCACACAAAGGAAGUCCACAUGUACUGAUGAAGCAGACCAACACAUGCAUGAAGCAGAUUUAGUAGGCUAACACAAACAUAUCUCUGACACUGCUCUGUACUCUCAAAAGACCAUCAUUCCCAAAGAAGAGUGGAGAAAAAGACGAAGGUACACCACUCUGACACCUGCACCAUUGUCUACUCAUCUGAGGGUGCGUUAUCCUAAUGUUGAAAACAGAAACACAUAAAGAUAUCUUAGGAGUCAGCAGACUGAAAUAUGUAAACCUGGGACACCGACGACACAGAUCCAUCUACCCAUCCGGCAAGUCACACUUACAAAACCCUUUAACUGUACUAACAAACAUGGGCUGCUUCAUUUCAAUUUCCUGUUGUUUCUCUAAUCAGUUGUCCCAUACUUUAUCGGCCUAUGCCUUGCUCUUAUAGAUAUACUGUUAACUGCCCACUGUGUGUGUGGACAACGAUUUUUUUUUCUGAUUACAUUGUCUUAUUUUAUUGUCAUUUUUUACGAUGUUUGAUUGUCAUUGAACAGUUGACAAAUUGUUUUUACCUCCUCCUAGUGGCAUGGACUGGUACUACAAUUUUCUAGGGCUGCAGCAUCGAUAGUCAUCUUGAUUUAUACCAAAGGUAUUAAAAAGCAGACAUAAAAUCGCUGUGGAAUCUUAACCGUACUAAUGCAACAGCCUCUGAAAUGUGUAUUCACCGAGUCUUUGAUGACCAAGAGUGAACUAUUUGUUUAAAAAAAAAAAAAAAAAGCAUGAUGCAGUUCUGUGCAGCAUGAGUUUGAAAGCUGUCAGUACCUCUGUCAUAACAACCUUUUCUGCAACAGUCAUUCUUAUUUUGUUGUAGUUAGUGCAAAGAAAGAAAGUAGAACCUUAAACUGUGUUUAUUAGAAUAAAUGUGAAAAAAUAUUUAUUUUUAUUGAUACAUUCAUAUAUUAUAUAUAGAUAUAGAUAUAUAGAAAACUAUAUAAACCAGAAGUGCACAAUGUUAAAAGCUCUGAUCAUUGUCAACAACGGCAUUUAGGGGGGAUAAACUUCAUAUAGGCAAAAAUGGGGGUAAACACAAAUUCGACAGCAGACACUGUAUAACUUGCACUAUGAUGUUCGCCAAAAUUCACAUUUUUCCAAGGUGAACACGCAAAUUCAAAAGUUACAAUAUAGCUCAACUAUGUAAUUCUUAAUACAUAUCAUAGCACAAUGUAGGACUAAAAAACGGACAUGCACAAACACUGCAGGAUUGUCUCAUUGACUGCAUUUAAGCUUACACGUUUCUGCCAACACAGCACUUUUAAAUGCAUUUUCCACAUUAACCCUGGACACAGGUGUCCAAUAGUGUUUUGGCAAGUGGGGGGGGAAAGUGAAUAACAAACAGUGCCAUAUAAUACAUAAUCUUAAAAUGACUCCAGUGUAACUAACAUCAAGUUAUUACAGUGCUUCAUUCUUGACAUAGAUUUGUGCUACAUAACAUAAGCUUGCUACAUCAGGUUUAUAAUAAGAUGGGUCAUGAAUAAUAAGGGAUGUCUUCUUGGGACUGCAGUGACCCCGCAUUUCAGAUUGUCACCAAUUUCCAUCACUUUUUCCUUCAUGUAAAGUGCAUCUACAUAAUGAGCAUGGCAUGAAACAAGACCAGAACCACCGGCUUCACGACCUGAUUUAUUUCAGAAAUGAUCGAGUCCUGUUAAGUUAGAGAAAAAGGUCCCACUGUGAGUAACUCAACUUGUCUUGGUUGAGUCCUGUUGUUUACUAAGCAGGGCCUCCAGUAGACGGAGCUUCGCUUUAAGGUUCUUAUACUGGCAGUACUCCUCCGCCAUUGGUCCACGGUCCUCCUUCUGACAUGCCCUGUUAACGAUAUACGGAGGAUGGAAGAUGCAAAUGAAUAGCAAACUUUAGUUUGUAGUUUCCAAACAACUUGCAGCAGCUUCCAUAACUGGUUGAUGGUCCCUAUGUUGCCUUACUCAGAUAGCUUUGUACAGUGUGUAUUGUAAUUUAAAAAAAAAAAA